UGACUGACUGGCUAUGCUCGUGCACACACUUAACCGACACACUUAUCCAAAAGAUAGACACAGACACACAUUUUUAAACGUUGGGAAAGUAAAGAUAGCAUUUUACAAACUACCCGAAGAUCUGCCCACUUUCCCUCUGAUGUAAACUGAGUGGACUGGGCCAAGACUGAACAACAAGGAUAUCUUCCCUUUCUCUCUUUAAAAAGCGGAUCCUUUUCCCACCUCUCAGGCAGAUAGCCAUCAAUGAGUGUGACAAACUCCUCUGCCUACAGAUCGGAACGCAGCUUCCAGCAGACCUCUUCCUCCUCUUCAUCCUCCAACAACCCAUACAUGGAGAAGAGCAGGGGGCUCUUUGCAGAGGACUUUGGCUCUUUCAUGCAUCCUGGAACGGAUGCCUUGGGAUUUGCCAGUCGGACAGGGACAGCAGGGAAGAUCAAGACAAUGGGAGACAGCUACCAGUUCACAGUGGAUGUCCAAGACUUCUCUCCAGAGGACGUCAUUGUCACCACCUCCAACAACCAGAUCGAAGUACAUGCAGAAAAGUUGGCAGCGGAUGGCACAGUGAUGAACACUUUCACCCACAAGUGCCAGCUACCUGAGGAUGUGGACCCCACCUCUGUGACAUCAUCAUUGGGCACCGAGGGAACGCUAACAGUCAAGGCCCGUAGAAACCCAUCCAAGCAUGAGCUCACACAGACCUUCCGCACUGAGAUCAAGAUCUAAGAAGACAGACAGGACUCUCCCAUGAGCCAUGACCCCUGUUCCCUCACUGCCUGUAUUUUGUAAUGCUAUAUUCCCGUUUUUCUCAUUUAAUGUCUUUAUCAUUAUAUGUUCAUUCUGCCCUUUAAGCUGGAACGUGUUUUUCUUCUUCCAUACCACCUCCUCAAACUACCACAUCCUCCAAUAGCUGCCUUGGAUUGACAACAGUUAGCCUAAUUUGUUAUUGUGUUUUCCCAGUUAUCACACAUACACACAUCGCCUCCACACAUACACACAUCACCUCCACACACACACACACACACAUCACCUUCACACAUACACACAUCACCUUCACACAUACACACAUCACCUCCACACACACACACAUCACCUCCACACACACACACAUCACCUCCAAACACACACACACACACAUCACCUCUACACACACACAUCACCUCCACACACACACAUCCCCUCCACACACACACAUCCCCUCCACACACACACACAUCCCCUCCACACACACACACAUCCCCUCCACACACGUCACCUCCACACAUCACCUCCACACACACACACACAAAAUUGAGAAUGCUGGGGGGAGGAUGGCUCAUAAUAAUGGCUGGAGCUGCGUGAAUGGAAUGGCAUCAAACCAUGUGUUCUGCUAUUCUGCUCCAGCCCUUUCCACGAGCCUGUGCACACACAUCCAUCCAUCAACUAAGUAUUGCUUCUUCUACUGAACUCUACAGAUACUGCUACCAUUGUGCAUUGUAAUAGUUGUGUGAAUAAAGUAGUUGAUUGAUUUUUCAUUUAGAGAAUAUAAACGUUUGUGUGCAUCAAUGUA